AUGAGCUUAAUAGAUCUUGGAACGUUUGCCUCGGCAGGCAACAAGAGACAGAAGCUGGACAAUAAUGUUCUGAAGAACUAUGCUGCAGGGUCGAUUGUGCGAAUCAAACUCAAGAAUUUCAUGGCUUACUCGUUAACAGAGAUAAAUCCAGGACCUUCUCUGAACAUGAUCAUCGGUCCCAAUGGUACGGGUAAAAGCACCUUCGUUUGCGCCAUCUGUAUUGGUCUAGGAGGAAAGCUGAAAUAUCUGGGGAAAGAGACAAUGAAUCUGGACCAGUUCAUAAAACAGGGUGAGGAGUCUGGGUACAUCGAGACUGAGAUCGCAUACAAGGGCAGGACCAUUCUUGUCAGAAGAGAUCUUACGCGAACGCGUUCUAAUGCAGGCCAAUGGCGUGUUGAUGGACGGGAUGCUUCUGAAAAGAGGGUUCAGGAAAUUUUGAGUGAAGUGAAUAUCCAACUGGGCAAUCUAUGUCAGUUCUUGCCCCAAGAUAGAGUCGCGAAAUUUGCCAGUCUCCAGCCUGAGGAGCUUCUGACCGAAGUGGAAAGAUCAUGCGGUAAGGGUGAGCUUUUGGCCCAACACGAGGCGAUAUCGCGAUUGUAUAGCGAAAAAGUGCAGAUUAAUAUGCAGAUCGUGAAUUUGCGUGCUGAACAGGAACAGCUUGCUGAAACUUCGAAGUCUUUGGAGGAGGAAGUCUCCAAGUUUGAGCAGUAUGAACAGAAAAAGAAGGAGAUGGAAAUGUUCUAUCGACUAUUCCCAUAUCUGGAGGUUGAUGAGGCCAUUCAAAAUGUGCAAAGGUGUCAGGAUAUCUAUAAGGAUGCCAACAAUGUGCUGAAGAGGUUGAAGCAGGAUACACAUCCUCUAAAAGACAGGGCCACGCAGGAGGAAGCACGAGUUCAUGAAAUUGAUACUAGACUUGCUGAGCUUCAACAUAGCUUGAAAAAAGUGACCCAAGGUCUAAGCGGGGGCAGGAACUACGUCUCCGAAGUUAAUGGCGAGAUCACAAAGAUUCAGACUCAACUGAGUUCUCUUGAUGAGACCAUCAAAACUCAAAGGGCCAAACUUGUCACCACGAAGAAGACGUUGGAAGGAUAUCAAGCUGAACUAGAGGAACUUACACAGACUGUUUACUCUGAUGAAAAGGUUGCUGAGCUGAAAGCGGAAAGGCAGAAGCUUCAACACGAGGCUACUUCGUUGAAGGAGAAUACCGAAGAACAUAAGGCGGUCUGGGAGGAGCUCAAUGAUUCUAUGAAAGAUGCAGAGAGAAGGAUACACUCCAAGAGCAGGCAAGUUGGAGCACCCGAUCGUGUGUCUCUGCUUCCGAUGAAUACACACGGAUCAGUCGUCAAGGCGGUGAGGGCUUUAAGAUCAUUUGAGGACCAACUGGGUAUCAAGGGAAAGUAUUUUGAGCCCCCAUGUAUCUCUUUACAAGUGGGAGCUCCCUAUAGAUGCCAUGUUGAAAAGUCGUUGAGUUGGGCCAACCAGAACGCAUUCACAGUUGUAGAUCACGAAACUUAUCGGAUACUCUCAAAGUUUUUGUUUGAAAAGGUCAAGGUCAACGUGAGUAUCAGGACUUUGUCUAGAAAUUGGAGAAUACGACGGGAUAUUGAGACUGAUCAGCUUGGUUCCUAUGGAUUCGAAAGGUAUCUCAUAGAUGCCAUAUCUGGUCCAAAAGAAGUCAAGCAAAUGCUGUGUGAGAAUGACAAAAUCCACCAGAUUCCAGUUUCGCUAACUGAACUUACUGAGGAACAAAAGAGCCGUCUGAUAAUCCCUGGAAGAGGUGGCAGACUUCCUUUUAUGAAGUUCAUCUGUGGAAGGGAGAUACACAAUGUGAGGAGGUCCAACUACGGUAAGCGGCAGAUAUCUUCAUCCGUGACAGCCUUGCCUGAUAGGGCAAAAGUUUUUGUGGGCACAGACCUGACCGAGGAGGCAAUCGAAAGAAUUCAGGCUGGUAUCAAAGAGGCUGAGACUCAAUUUGCGGAGUUCAAAUCGCAAAAGGAUCUAGCAGAGGUCGAAUAUAGAGCCGCACGUGAUAAGCAGAAAGAAUUCGACAAUCUUGUUUCGGAGAUUGCAGAUCAGCUCAAGUCCAACUCUGCCACCAUCGCUAAGAUUAACAGGCUUCGUGAAAGGAUUAUUGGUAAGGAAAACGAGUACAAAACGUUGAAAAGAACGAUAGAGAAGACUCAGGACACCAGUCAGCAGGCCAUCAAGCAUCGUCAAGCCAUCCAGAAUCUUGUAGUUCGCAAAUUGAACCGACUGGAAAUGAUGGCUGAUCUGCUUCGGCAGGAGAAUGACUUCAAGGAAGAGAUCGCCAAGUUGUCCAUUGACAGCAUAUGUCGCAAGAACGUGAUGGCCAGUUUGGAGAAGCUGAAAGAAGAGUUUUUCGAAAAGGAAAAGGAGUUUAUAGAGAAGGCUGAGCGUGCUAAAGAGGCGCUUGUUGAGGCCAAAGAUAUCAGGAAGAAGAAGUCUCAGGAAGUCCGUGCAAAGGCAGCCGAGUAUUCACAAGAAGAGAAUCAGGAACUGGCUUUGCUGGCGCAGAGCCUCAAGGAUGCUGACCAUUUCACCUUUGCAUUUGUGAACGUCAGAAAGGACCAGUUGAAGAACGAGUUGGCCCUGUCCUCGCCAGACAGAGCUUCUCUUGGAAAACUACAAGAGAACCAGAGAAGACUUGCCGAAGUUGAAGCACGGUUGCCCAAUCUGGAGACCCAGGCCGAAAAGGUGGUGGGUGAUAUCAAGGAAAUUCGCGAUAAGUGGGAACCCGAGCUGACUGAGCUGAUAUCAGUUUGUUCCAAGAGGUUUUCACAUAGUUUUGCAACAGUCGCAAGUGCGGGAGAAAUUAGACUGGCGAAAGAGGAUGAAGACUUUUCGAAAUGGAGAUUGGAGAUUUUGGUCAAAUUCAGAGACGAAGCUCCUCUGAGUGUUCUAGACUCAUAUGUCCAAAGUGGUGGUGAGAAGUCUGUCUCAACGGCAUUGUUCGUCAACUCGUUGCAAGGAUUGACAUCUUCGCCUUUCCGCGUUGUGGAUGAGAUCAACCAAGGUAUGGAUGCCAGAAACGAAAGGCUGGUCCACAAGUUGAUUGUUGAGACCGCAUGUGAAUCCCGCAAUCCCGAUGGAACAAUGUGCCAGUACUUCUUAAUCACGCCCAAACUGCUGACGGAUUUGUAUUACCACGCGAACAUGUCGGUUCAUUGUGUCAUGUCUGGGCCUCAUUUGCCAGAUCCUACUCAAAAUAUGAAUUUUCUUCAGCUGGGAAUGCUGAAACAUUUUGCCGAGGGCGAGGCUGUUGAAACUUGA